UGGUCUAGUAUUACUUCCAUAAUAUAAAUUUUAUGUUUACAUAAAAACGUCGGUGCCUGACGUUUUAAUGCUUCCCUGGAAUUUUUGAACCAAAAUAACCCUUAAUUAUAUCUACCGUACCGUUGAAAUUUCCAGUCGGUUCACGUGGAAUCUCAGGCAGGCAAAGAGAACUACGUUUGUCUUUGGCAACGGUGCAAAGUGCGCGGGAAGCCGUCAUGCUCGCGGCUGUGGUUGGAGCGGCACGCGCUCUCGCACGGCGGCAACAAACCGUUCAAGUGCAUCGUUGACGGCUGCGACAGGCGAUUCUCUACGCAGAUUUUGCUUGAGAGACACGUCAACAACCAUUUUAAUGAAGUAUCUCCGAACACCAGCGGCAGUAAAAAGACCACCGACAGUGCUUCGAAGCUCAUACGCAGGAAUGGGAAGAAAUUGCGGUAUAGAAGGCAACCUUGGUCAGCGCGCAUGUUCGACUUCUUCGACGCGGGCACGAUGGAGGGUCUCGCGUGGCGACUGACGCGCGUGACGCGGUGGCGGCUGGGCGGCGCGUGUCCGCUGCGCGAGCCCGGCGGGCGGCACACGCUGACGCUGACGGCCACGCUGCACGCCACCAGAUACAACGCCGCCGCGCGCAGGACCGAGGCGCUGCUGGUCUACCAUCCGCCGCAUGUGGUCGAGGACGAGUGGGUGCCCGUGAAGGAGGUGCGGCGCACCCGGCGCGUCGAGAUCUCGCAGCUGACGGCGCGCGCCAAGGUCACCCUCUACGACCAGUUCUGCGCCGCGUACUCGCCCGCGCCCGCGCCCGCCCCGCCGCCCGCCGCCCCCGCGCCCCGCCCGCCGCGCGCCGCCCCGCGCGCCCCCCGCGCCCUCUCCGCCCUGCUGGCGCGCCGCCCCCCGCACUGCCGCGGCGACUGCGGGCCCGCCCCCGCGCCCGCGCCCCACUCCACCGCCCCGCCACAAGCCCGCGAAGAAGACAGCCGCCCCGAGGUGUCCGGCGCCAAGAAGAGGAAGAUGGGCCGACGGUACGGCGGCGACUGCUUCUGGCCGUCCGGUCGGUAAGCCGGACUGGUUUUAAACGCGUCCGCGUUCCGCGUAGAUCUCGGGCCGGCGGCGGGCUAAGAUUUUCGAUCCGGCUCGCUCCCGUCGCCGGCCGCCGGGAGGUCGUCCCCGAGAUGCGUCGACGACCGGCGUCAAAAUUUUUACUCACAAGACUGAUGCUUAAUUUUUUUUGUAACGUUAUCGAUCGACGGACGGUCGAGCUCCGUAGGCGAGCGGCCGACCUUGUAUAUAGCUAGUGCGAAUGUGUAGACGACGAGACGAAGCCAGGGGCCGGUACGGCCGGUAGCCCGUAGUAGUCUGAGUAGCGUUAAGGCGACCAGCAUCACUGCCCCUCCUGUACAUAGUUUUAGGUUUAAGUCUAGUGUAAUCGAUUAGAGUUGUCGCUUGGAUGUGAUCUGUUCGAAGUCGUGCGGGGCGGGGGCGCAGAUUACCGAUUACGUAGUGUUCACUUUAUAUCAUUAUAUACCCGCGUAGUCAUAUCAGACGAAACUCGCAGUUAGUGUUAGCGUGUUUAAGAGUUCGAUUUUGAUAUUCGAUUUUUUAAACGUCCCCGUCUCUGUGUUCGAAUCGUUGAAUUUGAGCAAUUUUCGAAAACGCUUUACGAAUGGUUUUCACGUGAGACGCUUUCGGUUCUGCCGAGCCGUCGUCCUUUGUAGCCUCGACGAAUGUAAUUUUUAGCAAUAAAACUUUUGUGAUAAGUGAGUUAUUAGUUAAAUUGAGUCAUUCCGUGUGGCGUGCCCUCGUACGCGGCGCGAACGAGAAACAUGCGCACGCGUCGAUAUGUUCUAGUAUCGAGUAGGAGACACGGCCGUCAGACCGCGAACACGAAACAUAAUAAUAAUAUAAUCAUAGAUAUAUAAAUAUAUUUUAAACUAUUAUAUAAUCGCGUAAGCCUUAGCGAGACACCUUAAUUCGUACGGUCUGAUAGGUCCGGCGACGACGGUACGCACACUCGAAUCGCAUCGAACGUAACAUGCCAAUAAUUUCGAUAAUUUAUUAUAACGUUCAAUGUCAAUAAACAAAGUUAAGUUAGCAAAGUUGGACGACAGUGUUUAGGUGUUAAACUUUUUGGAAUCCACUUAUACAGAAGUUGUCAUAUUAAUGCCUUUUUAGCAAUAUUUAGGAUUAUACAAUUGAAUAAAGUAAAUUGUGUUCUGUGCUCACACGAUCUCGCUAGUAUUUUUUUAGUUAGUGCCUAUAGAGUUAAGUUAGAAUGAAUAGCGUGUGGAUCGACGCCGAUGCGUGUCGUUCGGAUAUUAGCUUAUCGAAAACGUAGGAGAUUUCAGAGAUGGGUUAUUGUGUGCACUAGACGCUAGCUAGUGUGGCUCGGUACGUAGACUGUGUGAAGUGUUGACGGACCGGUCUCGGUCCAGACCCAAAGAAAUAUUUAGGAAAAAUUCUCCAGUAGUCGAGUUGGUGCCUGAUUGUGUCGGUGUGUUAUGGGAUCGUAUGAUAAUUCUACAGUUUAAUGACUUUUUUUGGAGCGUUUCCAAUGUACUGAUUAUUUUUUUAAAUAAAUUUAAAAACUAGACUAAUUAUUUUCAGCACUGACGGUAGUGCCAUAUUUUAUUGGCUCGCUUUUUUUUAAAUAAAUUAUUAUUUUUUUCUAGUGAAAUAAUUCGACACCAAAAUCGGAAAGACAAAACGUUAUAUUUGUAUAACGAAACAAUUAUGGACUUGAUUCGUUUGAUCUCAAAUAAUCUGCGGUAAUAGAUUGUACAGCUAGGGGUGGCAUCGGGCCCCCUUUGGUUCCUCACACUAUCGAUGUAAGUUUCGCUCAAUACUGAUAGUAGUUAUUUUCAUCUAUAUUACAAUAUGCGACUAAACCAUCUGGCCUACGGAUACUGUUUCUACGAAAUUUUCGUUCGCUUAUUCCUAAAUGAAUUCUUUGACAUAACAAUAAAUUGCCGAACUAACCGUAUCUUCUUAAAUAUCUAUAAGAUUAGAAUUAGGCGUUCGAAAAUUUAUGCAGAGAGAUAUUUUAUGAAAGCGAACCUUGUUCUCGAGGUAGGUACUAAAUUAUAUCGAAAAAGAAAAAGAAUUAAAUAGAUACCAUUAAGUCGUAAGCGCAAAAAGAUUUAUAUUUUUAUCACUGCCACAAUAGUAGUAGAUAUGUGUCGAUAAGUUAUACUAUUUUAUUGUGUUUUUGCCUCGAGUGUGUGCGGGUUCCGCCCUAACAUUGCUCAUUGAUUAUUGAGAGAUUUAUUGAUAGUAGUCAAGUUCAGGACUUCUUAAUUGGAGCGUCGGGUCUCCCUUCGAUUUGUAUUGUCUGUAAAUCUUCGUCUAAUUAGCACCUGUAAUGCGAGUGGAGGGUGCAUAGUAUUUUUGAAUGAAAUAUUAUUUUUUUACGUUUACUUAUCUAGGUAAAAGAAGUCUUAAAUCCAAGCGUAAAACGGACACGCCCGAGGCAAUUCCCUUUGUAUGGUUACAUUGAAGUAUUUUUACGGGGAACAAUGGUAGUCACUGCUAAUAUUGUACUACAGAUGGCUAAACAGGCGAUGGAAUAUUGUUGCACCAUCUCCAUCGUAUUCUUUUUCGUUAAAAUAAAUUAAAUGUUAUUGUGUAUAACGCCAAUAUCCCUCGUUUGUGCAGACUUCUGUGUUGAUCGCAUAUUGGUUAUUUUUUAAUUACACAUGAAUCAACCCCCUUAAGAUAACAAAACAAAACAGUCGUUCAAUGUAAUGUUUAUACAGAGCUGAGUUUGCGAUCUAAAUCGGUGUAAAAGUGAAUUGUAGCAUUUAUUCAAACGAUAGUAGCCAAUGUGCGGCCAGCAACUGAACUGUUGGAGUUAGAUGUGGCUCGUUGGAAGUCUAGAUAAAGUUUGUGAAGGCGUGAAACACAUUACAGCUGAGAUGCAGACGAAACUGACCCUUAUUGUCAUCACUGGUCACUUUUAUCUGCGCCUAUGAGAUUCUAAUAGCCAAAAAUCGUCGACGCACGCCGACCGUCGCGCCGGUUGCGCCAUUUGCGCCAUUUGCUUACUGUAAUUUGUGGCCAGACUCAAAACGGAAUGUAAAUAGUUAAGUGUAUUUAUUAUUAAGUAUUAUUCUGCAUAAUCUGUAAUUUGCUUCGCGUCUGGUUGGAGGUAACGCCGGGGUGUUGUACUAGUAUGGAGUUGUCUUUCAACAUGUUUCCUAUAUUAUGCGUUUAUUAUAUGAAUGUUCUCCUUUAUUGUAAAUGUUUGACGAGAUACAAUAGUGACUUUAUGUGUAGCCUAUGUAUCCCGGAUAGUGUGCACUACUUAUAUUCAAUUUGUAGAUAUUUAAUUAUAUAUAGUAUAAUGUUUAAUGCGUUGUCUCAUUUGCUUUAUCCCUCUAUGACGAAUUCCGAAAUGUUUAAUUAUAAUUUGACCCAGAGAGGACGAUGGGUGAUCUACCUCAUAUUAAUUUAUCACACAUUUGGGCAUAAUACAUAGUAAAUGAUAAUUUGAACCUUGAAAUUUGUUCAAUGUAGUGAUUGUUAAGAUUUUUUUAAUGGUUUGUCCAUCUGUCACAAGUACUGUAUCUUAUAUUAAAUACAUAUUGUAUGAUUGAUAAACAUUUGUUUUAUUUUUGUUGUAAUAAAUAUAAUAAUUAUUGCGACAGACAUUUUUCUAUUUAUUAGUAACGACCUGUACAAUUAAGUGGGUGGGUAACUGACCUACGAUAUGGAAAUUCGAUGUUACGGUAUUUAUAUUAAUCUGCAGUGCUCUUCUGUUAAAGUAGCUCGGUGGCGUAGUAAAAAAACGCCGCAGCUUGCAAUCGUCGUUGUUAAGGAACCUUCGCAAGGGUUGGUCACGGGAUGGGUGACCAAUAUAUUAUCUAGAGCGAACGAUGAUGAAUAAAUAUUAAACAUCACAUACUUUGCUCAGAUUUUAAUACCAAAAUAAGUAGUUAAAGCACUUGUAUUAUAGAGUAUCCGAAACAAUAAGGGUACCACGACACCCAAACCAGUGAGACAAUAGAGAGUUUAUUUUGC